CCGCCGACCAAGGCACCCACCCCAUUCAUAGAACACGGUCCCUCCCCAGUUCCCGAUUGUCUGCCUGGUUCCAUCUUUCCCCUUCUCAACUUCCAAACGUUCGCUUCUGUUACAGAACUUCCAUCUCUCAACAACUGUUACUUUUCAACGAUCUUCUAAACAAGAUAACACAACAGACCAAAUCUAUCCCGACAAUACUCGAGUCAUCCACUUGUCAUCAUUUGGGCGACGAAUUCAAUCUCUCACUCAUCAAAGACUACAUCCUCCGGUAUCGCCGAACUGAUACAACAAUAUGUCGGGUCCUGGCCAGAAUAACGUCGAUAUCGACGCUCUCCUCGAUCUUACCGAGUACGACAACUUCCAGUCUCCUGCUACUUCAGUAUCACCAUCAGGAACAUCAAAGGCUACCUUCGCAAGCCCUAUCUCAGCCGCUGUCGCUGCUCCCGCCACCACAACCGCCCAGAGCCUGAGCGGUCCCAGUCACAACUAUGACAUGUACCGACAACAGACCGGCUUUGUGCCCGGUGCUAUUGCCAACACCAUGGCUGUUAACCAGACAAACAACACUGGCUACCAAGACUUCCGCAAUAUCGACUACCUAACCACCUUCAGCCCCGAGGCUGAUCUGUUUGAUUUCAACACAUCUCCUUCGCAGGCUACUUUGGGUGCUUCGGAUAUCGAUAUGGACUUUGAGUCGCAGACCGAGACACAACAGUUUUUCACUGUCGACCCUAGCAGCAUUGAGCAAGAGAACGCUGGUCUUCCUUCACCACCCGUUCUGCCUACACAGAACAACGGCCGUCUCUGGCCUGGUGCUCACUCCCAAGCCGCUCUUGCCAAGGCUCAGCAACAACAACGACAGCAGCAGCAGAUCAUUCAGCAACAACAGCAGGCUCAGCGCCAGGCAUCGCAGCCCAAGUCUCGUGGCAAGGCCCCUCAGCCUACCGACCCUAUUGUUGAGCAGAAGAUUACUCAGCUCCUGAACUCUAUGCGAGCCAAGCCCUCAAUGCCCGAGAGCCAGGCUACCAGCCCCAUGGCCAACCUUCCCCGAUCCAAGAAGGACGAAGAGGAGAUGGAUGAGGAUGAGCGCCUCCUGGCUAGCGAGGAGGGUAAGAAGCUCAGCAGCAAGGAACGACGACAGCUUCGCAACAAGGUCUCCGCCCGUGCUUUCCGUUCCCGCAGAAAGGAAUACAUCACUCAGCUUGAGACUGAGAUUGCCAACAAGGUCAGUGAGAACGGUGACCUCCGAGCUCAGAACCGAGCUCUCGUGGACGAGAACAAGCGUCUGACCGACCUCACCCGCAUGCUUCUCUCUUCGCCUUCUUUCUCCAACUUCUUGGACAACCUCAGCAGCAACCCUACCGCUGUUCAGCAUACUCCUCAGCUCAAGGUCGAGCCUCAACCCGAGCAGCGACAGGUGCCCAAGGACAUCAACCCCUACAACACUCAGCAGUCUUCUCAGCACCAGAUUGGUAUGGCCAUGAUCCCUGAGCAGAACAUGGACUUCUCCAUGCUCACCCUUGAUGGCUCUUUCAACUUCCAGCCUCAAGUCUUUGUCGUCGACACUCCUGAGCUUCCUGAUGCUAUUGACGCUUCUGUUCUCUCUGGCAAGACCUCCAACUUUGCUGAGCCCAUCUUCGACUCUGAGGAGGAGAAGCUUGAGGUGCCCGCCAUUGAGCGCCCAGUUGAGAAGCCCGAGGUUUCUGAGCCUGUUGAUGCCGCUCCCAUCGAUCUUGAGUUUGAGUCUGACCCUGAAUUCGCCCUGUUCCACACUGAAACCGCUACCACCACCACUGAGCAACCCAAGGAGUUUGAUACCGAGGGCCUGUCACAUGUUGACAUCUUUGGCGGUGUUGAGUCCGAAAAGGUCCUUGCCCGUCUCGAACUUGUCGAUGCCGGUGAGGAAGAAUGUAUCGCUGCUCUGGCUAUGGCUCGCGUGCAACGUAUCAGCGCCAGCUGUGAUGCUGUUACAACAAGGUUAGAACUACUUACCAUGGACCUGUAAAGAGUGGUUUAAUGGACUGUGGGGGACGGGAAAAGGACAUGCACUAAGCGCUUCAUUACUUUCUUAUUUGUAACUUUUGGGAUUCCCAGCGGACUGGGAUGGGUUUAGGCGUUCCUGGCACAAAGGAUGAAUCGCCCAUGCGAGGUUUUGUCGCAUUAUCUAUUUUGUUUGUAUCUCAUACUCGGAACGAUUGAUGACACGGGAAAGUUGUGUAUAGUUAGAUAGAAAGGCCUACCGCCGCUCGAUAUCACAAAUUAAACAUUGAAGGCC